AUGGAUACCCCCAUCAGCAGCAGAGACUUCCACUGCCUGCAGCUGGCCUGUGUGGCCUUGGGUCUGGUGGCCGGCAGCAUCAUCAUCGGAGUCUCAGUGUCCAAGGCUGCGGCUGCCGUGGGCGGCAUCUUCCUCGGUGCUGCUGGGCUGGGGCUCCUCAUCUUUGCCUACCCCUUCCUGAAGGCUCGGUUCAACCUGGAGCACAUCCUGCCUGCAAUAGGAAACCUGAGAAUCCACCCCAACCCAGGACCAGACCAUGGGGAGGGAAGAUCCAGUACCAAUGGAAAUAAGGAAGGAGCCCGCAGCAGCCUGUCCACUGUGACCAGGACCCUGGAGAAGCUGAAGCCAGGAGGCCGUGGGACCGAGGAGGGCUAG